AUGGCAUUUUCCAAGACCCUAAACGCACAUAAAAAAUGGUUCAACGAUACCAAGGCUUAUAUUCCAACAUUCCGUCCAAUCCCCGCAGAUGAUUCAGUUCCAACAAAUCUUCCGGUUAUUUCAGUUCCUGGAGCUUCAAAUACAAAUACAACCACAAAUGCGAGAAAUAACACUUCAUCUUCUUCUGCUUCCAAUGCGUCCAAUGCGUCCACUGCAUUUACAAGUAACAGCAGGACUAACAACUCCAAUCCUGCAUUGUCUAACAACACUCGCGACAACAAACUAAACAGCAUUCCAAAUACUUCAUCAUCAACUACAAUAGCUACUACUAAUGCCACACCUGUGCGUCCAUCUUUGUUUUCGGUAGACCGACAAGCAAACAAAUCUAGUACUCCGCCAACACCUUUCACGCCCAGCACCAGCGCCAACGCAACUAUAACUACACGGACACCUGGCGCGCGGCCCGCUACCAAUUCAGAUUCUUCCAAGCCUUCUAAAAAUGCAUUUUCUUCUUUUUCUUCUUCAUCUAAUACUACUACUACCACAUCGACAGGAAAAUCGGAUUUGUAUAGCAAUAACUCUCCACCUAAUGCCCAGCAAUCUCCAUCAACUAGCUCGACUGUUCCAAAUUCCGUGCCUUCGUGGCUUAUGAACUCUUCUGCGAUACAGUCGAAUCAAACACCAGUCUCCAAAGAAACUACCACAUAUCCAAUAUUUUCUUCUGCCUCCAAAGUAUCUUCUCCAUUAACGGCUUCCAAGAAAAGACCCUCAAGUCCAGUAUCCUCAGAAUUUCCAUCAAAACGGCAUUCCACUUAUCCAAGCAAAUCUACUACGGAAUCAAGACCUGAGAUUUUUGAAGUGGAUGACAGUAGCGACAUUGAAAUUACAGAAUGGUCUACAUCUAAAAGCACCAACAAAAAUCCUCCACUGGCAGCUAAACCAUAUUCAUCGGAUCCACAACCUAUUCGAAAUGAACCUCCGGCAAUUGCAUUUGCUUCUUCUUAUUCUUCGACCAGUCGACUUAGGGGGGAAGAUGAUGGUGGAGAUGAAAUCUCAGCAGAUGAUUUUUCUACUGUUAUCAAAGAGACCCAACAAGAAGUCGAAAUUGCGGCCAAACUGAAUACUUUUAAAGAUCGCAUCAAGGCUGUUUUAACUGAUAUCGAGAGUUUUUCUCGCAAUACUUUAGCAAAAUUUGAUUCCAUAACCUCAUUCGAGGAUCUUGGGAAAAAUCUGGCAAUACAAUCUGAUGUAUUGGGUUGGGCAUCUAAGCGAUGUUUAAAUUUUUCAAAUACGAUUGAUUCAAAUAUUAGUUUUAGUCCUAGCUCUGACACUAAUUUUAGCAACAACAAACCUAGCCAUGACUCUGGAUCCGUACCGAAAGAAUCAAGUUAUACGCAUAUGAAUACUAGACCGCAUCUCAUAAAUACACAAACUAGCCAACUUACGCCACCAAAUAUUUCAACAGAUGUACAUAGACCUGAAACAAUUUUCCCAUCUCCUCAAUUUCCUUCACAGCCUUUAGAAAAUGUUUCAACUACAGCUAAUAAAAGCUCAAUUAGUACUACUUUCACCAAUAAACCAAAUAAUGUUACUGCUACUCAUUCCAUGAUACCCCCCAACAUUCCCACAGCAGAAGAAAGUGAUGAGGAUAUUGUUAUUAAAUCCUCUAUUUCACCUUCUAAACUCUUAAACGAACCUAGUGAACAUUUUUUCCGUGACAUUAAUAUUUUGUCAGAUAGUGACGAUGAGUUCUUGAAAGGAUUAUCUAAUCCUAGAAAUAAUUCUGAAAGUCGCAAAGAAAAUGUCAAUCCCCAAGUACCGAAAAGCCAUGUUGUUGGUAAUAAUAGCAAUAAAAAUAAUCAUGGUGAUGAUGAUGAAGAGGGACCAAUCACUACUGGCCGUCGGAAAAUUAUCCUCUCUGCUUCAGAAGAUGAAGACGAUAGCUUUAUUGUUGACGACGAUGUUGUGGAGGAUGAUGACGCUGAUUUCAUUGAUGAUGCUGAAUUUAACGAGGAAGAUAUCAUUUACAGUGAUGAUGCGUUUGAUUCUUUUACAGGAGUGGAAUUUGCCAACAAAUCCAAAAACAAUGAAACUAAAUCAAAUGAAGACGAGGCACUAUGCAUUAAAGAAGUUCGUGUUCGCAAGGUUAAUCUUGAGAAUGAACCAAUCACAAUUAGUGACGACGAUUGGGAAAAGGGUUUUACAGAUGCUGAAGAAGAGCUUAUCAUAUAUGAUAAACCAGAAACUGUAUUUGACGCACCACAUGAGCCAGAUCCUGAAGAAAAUGUGACUUAUCCUUGGACCAAUGAAGUAUUUACAAAACUCAAAGAUAUUUUCAAGCUCAAGAGAUUUCGAACUGACCAGCUUAAGGCUAUCAAUGCCACAUUGGAUGGCCGUGAUGUUUUCGUCUUGAUGCCUACAGGUGGAGGCAAGUCUCUUUGUUACCAGUUGCCUGCAAUCGUUCAAUCCGGUAAAACCAAAGGAGUGACUGUUGUUGUUUCACCACUGGUAUCGUUGAUGAAGGAUCAGGUAUAUCACUUGAAAUUAUUAGGCGUCAAUGCAGAGCUUGUUCAUGGAGAAAUGUCAAAAAGAGAUAAGAGUACUGUUUUCCGGAAAUUUGAAAAUGGUGAAUUGGCACUCAUGUAUGUGUCACCCGAAAUGCUCAAUAAAAUCAUUGACACGUUAAGAAAGGUUAACAAUAAUGGCUAUCUUGCACGCAUUGUGAUUGACGAAGCCCACUGUAUGAGUUCAUGGGGUCAUGAUUUCCGCCCGGAUUACCAAGACCUUAAAUCUCUCAAAAUAGAGUUCCCGCAAACGCCCAUAAUGGCGCUAACAGCUACAGCAAAAAAGCACGUCCAAAUGGAUAUUAUUGAGAGUUUCCAUACUAAUGACCCCGUGUUUAUUAAGCACAGUUUUAACCGAACUAAUCUUUUUUACGAAAUUCAUCGCAAAACGAAAAAUGCAGAAGCACAAGAACAAGUCAAAAAUUUAAUAAUGACCAAGUUUGCAGGCAAAACUGGCAUCAUUUAUUGCAACACCAAAAAGAGCUGUGAAGACUUGAGUAGUUUUUUAUGGACCAAUGGUCUUCGUGUUGGAUAUUACCAUGCUGGCAUGCUUGAUAAGGAUAAAGAAAACAUGCAGCGUCAAUGGCAAGAAGGCAAAAUCCAAGCCAUCUGUGCCACAAUUGCAUUUGGAAUGGGUAUUGACAAACCAGAUGUUAGAUUUGUGAUUCAUUUCCAUCUUCCACGAACCCUGGAAGGAUAUUACCAAGAAAGUGGUCGCGCUGGUCGUGACGGGAAAGAAUCGCAUUGUAUUUUGUUUUACUCAUAUGCUGACUUCCGGAAUUUGCAAGGUCAAAUUGCUCGUGAUGAUAGUCUUGCUCCGACCAUGAAGGAUCAUUAUCGUCGACUGCUAAACCAAGUCAAUAGUUACUGCGAUAAUGUCACUGACUGUCGUCGUUCAUUGGUUUUGAGCUACUUUGAUGAGAAUUUCAAUCGACGCGGCUGCAACAAUAUGUGCGAUAACUGCAAAAACUAUCAAUCUGUGGUUAAACAAUCCAGAGAUUAUACCGGAGUUGCUCAAGAUCUUACUCAAUUGGUUGGGUCCGUCCAUUCUUCCAAUGGCCAUUUGACUCCAGCACAAACUAUUGAUGCGUACAUGGGCCGAAAAAUCAAGUCUUCAAAUUCGCUCGCUAAUGUGUCGAAUUCGCCAUUUUUUGGAAAGGGCAAGGGUCGUAUUCGAGCUUGUGAUUUAGAACGUGUUAUUACGCACCUUUUAAGUUCUGAUAUUUUAAGAAUUUAUACACGCAAGUUAAACCAUGCUCAAGCUUUUGCCAAUGAUUAUUUGCAACAGGGUAGGGAAGCUACUCGUCUUUUGAAUGGUAACUCGAAAAUUGAAUUGCUGGAAGUUCUUCCAACUUCAGGCUCUACGACUCCUCGACCUAGUUCUAGCAACUCACGUCGAUCGUCUACUCGUGCUCAAGUAACUAUUGAAACCACGGUAUCUACCUCAACCUCAACCGCAAUCUCGAGAUCGGUUCCGACUCCUAGACCUAUCACUUCUAGAUCAUCUACUACUGGUCAGACAUUAGCUUCUGCCUUUAGUUUUAAUCCAUCACGACCUGUUUCCAAUUUGAGUAAAAACACUACCACAUCGUUAACAGAUGUUGAAAGUCAUCGGUACUGUCAGCUUGAAAUUGUGAGAUUGCAGCUCAAAACCAAACUCAACCUUUCAAAUGUCGAGGAAGUUUGCACAUCGGAAAAUCUCAAAAAGCUUGCUCGUGAACUUCCAACUGAUAUUGAAUCGUUUUCACGAGCUGCAGGUGUUUCGCAAGAUUCUUUGACUAAAAUAUACCCUGAUUUUGCAGUAUUAAUUUUCAAGUUAAAAAGCGAACAAUCAUCAGCUUCUGCUGCAGCACAACCAGCAAUCAGUACAACAACUUCAUUUGCAUUCCCUAGUAAUGAUGUUGAUUCAGAUUCGGAACACCAGUCUCGGUUUUUUGGUAGCACGUCAACUAGAACAACUAGCAGAAAGCAGACAACUACUGGUAGAGUUUAUAAGCCUCGGGCUGCGCGAGGAAGAUCAGAAUCAAAAUCCUCAUCUUCUAGAUCAACUGCAUCUAGAUCUACAUCACGGACUAAGUCCACAACUUCAAAAAGAGGGAAAUCCACUAGCUCUUUUUCAUCUGUCCCCUCGAUGCCAUUUUAA